GAGAGAGAGAGUUGUAAUUCUAAGGUAGCAACAUGUCUUUGAUGUGUCCCUCAGGUGGAGUACGUGGAGUGUCACGGCACAGGUACUCGGGCAGGUGACAUUGUGGAGACCAACGCCAUCACCAAUGUGUUUUGUGGCAAACGCAGAACCAAGCCGCUCAUGGUGGGGUCUGUUAAAACAAAUAUCGGACACGCUGAGGCCACUGCUGGCUUCAACGCUGUGGUCAAGUGUAUUUUCGGCAUUGAGGAAGGUCUCCUGCCUGCAAACUUGAACUUUGAGAGACCCAACCCCGAGAUUCCCGGUCUUCUGGACGGCCGUCUCAAAGUGGUCACUGAAAUGACCCCCUGGUCUGGACAAGUGUGUGGCAUCAGUGGCUUUGGCAUCGGAGGAACCAACUCGCACUGUGUGCUCAAGUAAGUGACCCAUCCACCUCACUCGAACUGUGAACUCA